CGCACUUCCUCUCUGUCUUUCCACCCUUAAUACGAGCUGCAGCGACUUGCUCUCUCGUCUUUCCAACUCUUCCUACACCGCUGUCGUUCACGGCGAUCCCUCCUCACUGCAUUCUCCCGCCAUUGGCUCGACUCUACUCGUUGACAAGUCACCAUGGCCACCAAGACCACCCCAUCCACCGCUGCCACUCCCCGGGAGCGCAAGCCGAGCUCUUCCGCCCCCAUCACAGCGUUCCAAGAGCCCAUUGGGCCACCUGGUAUCUCCAAGCCGAAGCAUCGCAGGACAGUGACGGGCUUCAGCCCGCAGGAGAUCAAGAGCGUGGAAGCUAGUGUGCCCGAGCCACAGAGAGAAGCCUGGCGCAAGCAUUCGGCAAGAGAAUUCAACACCAGCGAUCAAUUUGAAGAUGCUGUCGUGAGACAUAUCGAGACCACCUUGGCAAGAUCUUUGUACAAUGUGGAUGAGUCCGGUGCAUACGCCGGCACGGCAUUGGCUUUCAGAGAUCGACUGGUCAUUGAGUGGAACAGGACCCAGCAGAAUCAGACUUCGGCCGACCAGAAGCGUGUCUACUACCUCUCGCUUGAAUUCCUCAUGGGAAGAGCUCUCGACAAUGCCAUGCUGAACGUGGGCAUGAAGGAUGUUGCCAGGAAGGGCCUCGACGAGCUCGGCUUCCGCAUGGAAGACAUCAUCGACCAAGAACGCGAUGCUGCCCUCGGAAACGGCGGUCUUGGACGUCUCGCUGCAUGCUUCCUCGAUUCUCUCGCCACCUUGAACUAUCCCGCGUGGGGCUACGGCCUUCGAUACAGAUACGGCAUCUUCCGUCAAGAGAUUGUUAAUGGCUAUCAGAUGGAAGUGCCCGACUACUGGCUCGAGUUCAACCCGUGGGAGUUUCCCCGCCACGAUGUCACCGUCGAUGUGCAGUUCUAUGGAACGAUCAGGAAGUACAUGGACGACAGUGGCAAGCAGCACACCGCUUGGGAGAAUGGUGAGAUCGUGACGGCCGUUGCGUACGACGCCCCAAUUCCCGGCUACGGCACGACGACCACCAACAACCUCCGCCUGUGGUCCAGUAAGGCCUCUCAUGGCGAGUUCGACUUCACCAAGUUCAACUCGGGUGAAUACGAGGCCUCUGUCGCCGACACACAACGAGCAGAGACCAUCUCCGCCGUCCUCUACCCCAACGACAGCCUUGACCGCGGAAAGGAGCUUCGCCUGAAGCAGCAGUACUUCUGGUGUGCGGCGUCGCUAUUUGACAUUGUCCGACGUUUCAAGAAGUCGAAGAAGGCGUGGUCCGACUUCCCCAACCAAGUCGCCAUCCAGCUGAACGACACGCAUCCCACUCUUGCCAUUCCCGAGCUUCUCCGCAUUCUCAUCGACAUUGAAGGAUUGGAAUGGGAUGAGGCGUGGAGCAUCGUCCAAAAGACUUUCUCCUACACCAACCACACCGUCCUCCCCGAGGCGUUGGAGAAGUGGUCUGUCCCGCUCGUUCAGAAUCUUCUCCCGCGUCACUUGCAGAUCAUCUACGACAUCAACCUCCAGUUCUUGCAAUUCGUGGAGCGAAACUUCCCCAAGGACCGUGACAUGCUCUCUCGAGUGAGCAUCAUCGAAGAAUCUCAACCAAAGAUGGUACGCAUGGCCUAUCUGGCUGUUAUUGGCAGCCACAAGGUCAACGGUGUUGCCGAGCUCCACUCCGACCUGAUCAAGACCACGAUCUUCAAGGACUUUGUCAAGAUCCACGGUCCCGACAAAUUCACCAAUGUCACCAACGGCAUCACGCCGCGCAGAUGGCUCCACCAGGCGAACUUCCGAUUGUCGGAGCUCAUUGCCAGCAAGCUGGGCGGGUAUGACUACUUGAACGACCUCACCCUCUUGCACAAGCUCGAAAACUACGUCGACGACAAGGACUUCCGCAAGGAGUUCCAAGACAUCAAGUACGCAAACAAGCUCCGCCUCGCCAGGUACAUCAAGGAGGCGCAGGGCAUCACCGUCAACCCGGCCAGCUUGUUCGACAUUCAGGUCAAGCGAAUCCACGAGUACAAGCGACAGCAGCUGAACAUCUUUGGUGUGAUCCAUCGCUACCUGGAGUUGAAAGAAAUGUCGCCGGCAGAUCGGAAGAAGGCGCAGCCUCGUGUCAGCAUCUUCGGCGGCAAGGCUGCUCCGGGCUACUGGAUGGCCAAGACCAUCAUCCACCUCAUCAACCAAGUCAGCGAGGUCGUCAACAAUGAUAAGGACAUUGGCGAUGCGCUCAAAGUCGUCUUUUUGGAGGACUACAAUGUCAGCAAAGCCGAGAUCAUCGUGCCUGCCAGUGACAUUAGCGAGCACAUUUCCACAGCAGGUACCGAGGCUUCCGGUACGAGCAACAUGAAGUUCGUCCUCAACGGUGGCCUGAUCAUUGGCACGUGCGACGGCGCCAACAUCGAAAUCACGCGCGAAGUCGGCGAAGACAACAUCUUCCUCUUCGGCAACCUCUCCGAAGACGUCGAAGACCUGCGCCAUGCUCACUACUACUCCGGCCUGAAUAUUGACCCGUCGCUCCAGCGCGUCUUUGACGAAAUCCGCAACGGCAUGUUCGGCGACGCUGGCCAGUUCAGUUCGCUCGUCAACAGCAUCACCGACCACGGCGACUACUACCUCGUGUCGGACGACUUCAAGAGUUACGUCGAGACGCAGAAGCUGAUUGAUGAGGCGUACAAGAACCAGGAGGAGUGGCUGACGAAGACUAUUACCGUUGUGGCGCGCAUGGGCUUCUUCAGCUCCGAUCGCUGCAUUGAGGAGUAUGCGCAGGAGAUCUGGAAUACGGAGCCUGUGGUGCCGCCGGCGAAGCCGCAGAACGGAGCGUAAGGAGAAGGAUUCAACCAACUGUGUUGGAGCGGCAGGACACUGCCAAAGCGUUUGGGUGCAUAAAAGUAGAUGCAAUCAUAUGGGAUGUAUCACAGACAGGAAUGCCAUUGAAAAAUGUUGGGUAAUUAGG